AUGAGUCAGAUACCAGGAAAGGAGUUAAAUGGAACAACUGCCCGAAGUCAAGAUCUGGCGCCUUGUACAACCUGUGGAAGACAUUUUGCACAAGAUGUUCUGCUGAGACACGAUCCAAUAUGCAAGAAAGUCUUCAACAAGAAGCGCAAGCCCUUCAGCUCUUUGAAACAGAGACUGCAGGGAACAGAAAUCACUGUGAAGAAGCAGCCCCCGCAAAAGAAACAGAUAGGGAAGAAAUCUAACUGGAGGCAGCACCAUGAGGAUUUUAUUAAUACUAUUCAAUCAGCCAAGCAAGUCACAAAGCAUCUGAAAGAGAGCCACCCUUUUCCGCCUCCUCCCUCACCAACCAUCAAUCCAGACAAUAUUCAGUGUCCACGCUGCUCACGAAGGUUUAAUGAGGCUGCAGCAGAGAGGCACAUGAAGUUUUGUGAAGAACAAGCUGCCCGCCGUGCCUUUGCUGCAAGGACCACUGGACAGGCUUUGGGGAAGAAACCAGUGACUCAGAGAAAACCCCCAACCUUAACAACUGCCGUGUUUUCGCUUCAGAAGAGAGUACAAGAAGGCACCAAUACAGACAAACCUAGGCCAGAGACCUCCCCAGGAAUACUCCAGAAAACCAGAAAAUCUUUAGGUGUAUCUACUGGAAAAAAAUAUUCGGGAGAGUUUGGGUAA